GUCUUCAGGAUGGUUUCUGGUUGUCAGUUUCUUAAGUAGUUCAGCCUGUGAUAGGCGUUAACCCAACGCAAUACUUCAUUUGGCCUGUUUGGUGUUAGGAGGAUUAAGUUUCUGGAAACUUCAUACAGUUAUGACCUAUAAUUAAAGCCUAGCAGUAUAUACAGAUGAGAUGACUGUGUAAUGGUGUGUGGAUUUCUCUGAGGACGUUUCUAGGACAUGGCAAGUGAUGCAAGCACCCUCUCCUGGAAGGUACCCGCUCAGGACUGGGAUGGGGGCAUCAAAAGCCCCGACCUGGGUCCUGUUGGAGACGGCGGCCCUGUGAAGAUCAUCAAAGUGUGCUUCAGUAGCAGCAACAACCUCAGCAAGAACUUCAAAUUGGUCAAAUGUGACAGCUCAUGGCAGAUCAAGACUAUCAUCCAGUCUAUUCUUAUCAGUGGGCGUUUGGGCCCAAAUGUGCAAAACCCGGGUUGCUUUGGCCUGAGGCUCAAACACCUCAAAUCUGAGGAGCUUCACUGGCUGCACCCAGACCUGACUGUAGGAGAGGUGGAGCAGCGCUACGAGAGUCAUCACGCAGAGGCAGAGUGGAGGUAUGACCUCAGAAUCCGCUACAUUCCCAUUGAUUAUAUGAAGAGGUUAAGAGAAGAUAGAACGUUUCUGCUGUAUUUCUAUCAACAGGUGCGCAGUGACUACAUGCAGCAUCAUGCUAGCAAAGUUAGUGAUGGCAUGGCUUUACAGUUGGGCUGUUUGGAAAUCAGGAGAUUUUAUAAAGACAUGAAUGCCAAAGGUCUAGAGAAAAAGUCCAAUUUUGACCUGCUCGAAAAGGACGUUGGUCUCGACCUGUUCUUUCCAAAAGGACUCAUUGACAGUAUGAAGCAGAAGCAGUUCAGAAAACUCAUACAACAGACAUUUCAGCAGUAUGCCAUACUAAAAGAGGACGACUGUAUGGUCAAGUUCUUUGAGACCUAUGGAGAAUUCUCCAACUUUGAUGAGGAAAUAUUCCCCUGCGAGUUAGUGCAAGGUUGGAGUUUAGCAGUGGAUUUAGUCAUUGGUCCUAAAGGCAUUCGUCAGAGAACCAAAGCAGAUUCCACGGCUGUCUGCCUUGCUGAAUACAAACAAAUCCGAAGUAUCAAGUACAAUGCACAGAAUGAUGGCAGAACAUUGUUAUUUAUUGAAAUCGAGGGUGCAAAACAGCCUCUCUCUGUCAGCGUGGCAUCUCUGACCAUUGCGGAGAACAUGGCGGAUCUGAUUGAUGGCUACUGUCGACUGUUUAACCACACAGACUCAUCAGUGAUAGCUGGACCAAAUAAAAGUAAAUCUCAAGGUGUGCAGUUGCGCAAUUCCCUUCCUGAAAUUCCCUCCGGGAAGAAGACAGACAGCUUCAGAUACAGCAACUCUGAUAUAUACUGUGAAAUCCCAGAUGAAAAGCCGCCCCCACCUGCAAAGGUUGGACUCUCCAGGAAAGAUAUUAGCCUGAAACGGAUGCUGGGUGAAGGGUUCUUCGGGGAGGUUCAUGAAGGAGUUUACCAAAAAAAGAAUGGAGAAAAGGUCAAUGUAGCAGUGAAGACUUGUAAAGAAUGUGCACCUGACAUCAGAGAAAAGUUUGUGGGUGAAGCAGUCAUCAUGAAGAACCUGGAUCAUCCACACAUAGUGCGACUGAUAGGAGUCAUUGAGGAAGACCCUGUAUGGAUCGUGAUGGAGCUCUGUCAACAAGGGGAGCUGGGGAAGUACUUGACGAAAAAUCAGCAGAGUUUGACCAGCGUGACUCUGGUUCUGUUUAGCCUACAGCUCUGCAAAGCAUUGGUUUACCUACAGGGAAUGAACAUGGUCCACCGAGACAUCGCUGUACGAAAUGUGCUUGUUGCCACACCGGAGUGUGUGAAGCUGGGUGACUUCGGUCUUUCCAGAUACAUUGAGGAUGAAGAAUAUUACAAAGCAUCUGUUACUCGUUUACCAAUCAAAUGGAUGGCUCCUGAAUCCAUUAACUUCAGACGCUUCACUGCGGCAAGUGAUGUGUGGAUGUUUGCUGUGUGUGUUUGGGAGAUUAUGAAUCGAGGUAAACAGCCGUUCCACUGGCUGGACAACCGUGAUGUGAUAAACCAGCUGGAACAGGGCAACAGGCUGCCCAAACCUGAGCAGUGCCCUCCUGCCCUGUACUCACUCAUGACCCGCUGCUGGAGCUACGACCCGCGCGAGAGACCCACCUUCACUGAACUAGCCUGCAAUAUCAGUGAUGUUCACCAAAUGGAGAAGGAGUUGGAGGGUGAGAGAGAGCGAGACAAGGCUCGUAACAUCCGGACCCUGGAGCCCAAGAUUAACAUUAGUGAACCUCCACCAAAGCCCUCCAGAGUCAACACUACUCGCUUUGGAAAUACCCUCGGAGUCGGCCUGCAUCUUCAGCUUAAUGAGGCUUUAUGUGCAAGUUCACCAGAUCUGGCCAGUCCGUGUGAUUAUCAGUCACCUGUGGACUCAACUAACCUCCUGUCCAUCCCGAAGACUCCAAAUAGGCGGCUUAGUCUUGGGGAGGGAGACUUCAGCUUUGGGCCGUCCAGUAAAGAAGAUGCACAGCGGCUGUGGCAGAUGGAGAAGGAUCGAUUACAGGACACACUGAAGAUGCAGAAAGAGCAAAUGGAGGAGGACACCAAAUGGUUAAAGAAGGAAGAGAAACUUCUAGACCCAAUGGUUCAUGAAGGCACUAAAGUUCCUGAGCCACCUGAACCACCACUCAGCUAUGCUGAACUCCAUCAUCCUCCUUCGAAACCACCCAGAAUUGCAGUGCAGCCUGCACCUACAGCUGAACUGGACCGUUCAGAGGACACCGUGUACCAAUGUGUCAUGGACGUGGUCAAAGUGGUGGUGCAGCUGAAAAACGACAUUAACACACUGUCAUCUACUGAAUACAUUUCUCCUGUCAAGACUGUCGGACUCUCAUUACGAGAUCUGAUCAACAGUGUGGAUGAUAUACUACCAACUCUGCACAUUUCUUGUAGAACAGAGAUCGAAGGCACUCAGAAGCUGUUAAAUAAAGACAUGGCUGAGCUCAUCAGUAAGAUGCGCCUUGCCCAGCAGAACGCCAUCACCUCGCUGAAGGAGGAGUGCAAGAAACAGAUGCUGACAGCGGCACACACUUUGGCCAUGGAUGCCAAGAACCUGUUAGAUGCUGUGGAUCAGGCUCGGGUGCGCUCUAACCUGGCCAAACCCAAGCCUGAUGAUCCAGACUCACCAGCAGACUAGCUGAUUCAGAGAUGAGUGCAGGACAAACUUAUUCAUCUGUUUGAUAAGAUUGUAAUGCAGAAUUAGGGCAAUGCCAACACCAGAAUGGGGCAUGAAACAGCCAAUAGAAAUUCAGGAUAGUUUUACUGAUGCAUGUUCAGUGCUCCAUGUAAACUUUUAUAAUGUAGAAAGCCAAGUAAACCUGAGGGGUAUUCCAGAAAGUAGAGUUAAAGGGUUAGUUCACCCAAAAAUAAAAAAAUCUGUUAUUAAUUACUAUUAAUUUUCAUUUUGGGGUAAAUUAACCAUUUAACUUACUGUCACAUUAACCAUAAAUUUUCAGUUGAUUAACCUAAAACUUUUUUUUAUUACUGUGAACAGUUAUAUUGUUUGUUUUAUGCUAAAUACAUAAUUUUAAAAAAGAAAUAAUGAUUAAAAACAGUUUGUGCUUUGGAAGAAAGUAUUGCUGUGUAGGUUUUUGUAAACAAGUUGUUAUGGGUACACUUAAAGUAACCUCUUUUUUUUGGGAACCGAUCUUAUGUGUGAUUUCUGUAUAAUGCUGAGUUCAGACUGCAUGAUUUGAGCCUCGAUUUUGGCUCACCGAUAGCUUUUGAGAAAUCACAGGUAAAUCGGUGCUCGUUCACGUGAACAACAAUCACACAGUAUAAACUAUUAAAGAGGUGAACUGAGAGAAUUGUGGAUGAGUUGCUGACACCCGUCAGAUAUUUGGCAUGCUAAAUAUCUGGAGCUGUCGGCGAUUCAAAUCUGUGAAAUGUGUUCUGAUUGAAUAUAACAUCGGUGAUCACCUACAGCCAAUGAGAGAGCAGCAUCCACCAGUAUGGGUAUCUGCAGGCCAGCGGGAGGAUGAGGGAGAAGUUAAAAACGCUCAUUUUCAGUUUAUUUGGACCCAAGAAAUGGAGGAAAAAACUAGUGUAAAUUUGGCAGGAGCACCCAUGUGCGUUUGACGUGUCAUCUGAGCAAAUAUCACCACCGGGUCGAAAAAGAAACAAAGUUGAGGAGAAAUUGCUAAUUCCCUUCAAAAGCCAGGUAAAAAGAAUAAGCACAUUUUCUAGCCCACUAAAGGCUUCUUCUCAUUAUAUAGUUAAUAACAAAAGAUUUACUACAUAACCUCGCGAUGUUUAUGUCACUUCUUGCGUGUGUUUGGUUGUAAGAUGUAGUUUGCAGACUGAGUCAAAGUUGUCUGUGAUUCUUUCUAUUUUAAAGUCAUGCAGUGUCAAACCCUGUUGCCGAUCCAUCUUGCAGUGUAAGCAGAGCAGCGAUGAAACGCUACCCCAGAUAGUCAUGCAGUGUGAAAACAUCUGUGACAUGACUACUUUAAAAAUCCUGCAGUCUGAAAUCGACAUUAAGGUUGUGUAAUUCCUGGUGUAUAACAUGCACUGCUUUAUGGAAAAUAUCAUAAGCGUUUUAAUUUAUAAUGAUUUGAGGGAGGAAACGUAUAAAUGCUAACAAUUAGCUUGCAGAAUAAUUUAAGUUCUUUAGUCUUAUUAAUGAAGUUUGUGCACUAUAGACAAAAGCUUUAGGAGAGAAUCCCGAACAGCAUUACAAUACAAUAUGAUCAUACUGCUAAAUUUGACUUUCAAAAUCACCACAAGACAUUAUAAGAAAUGUGACUGUCAGCCUGAUUUUGGCAUAAUUCAUUUGACAUGUGGUAAUGUGAUUUGUAAGAAUUAAGCAUUUAAAGGGUUAAAGCAUGUAAAGAAUUAAGCAUUUAAACUCAUCAUCUGUUGUUGAUAACUCACCCACAUGCCAUUCCAAACCCCUGAUACAUUCGUUCAUCUUUGUACUACAAAUUAAGAUAUUUUGGGGGAAAUCUGAGAGCUCCCUCAUGCAUAGACAGCAAGGGUCCCGGCUUGUGCAAAGUUAAGAAAAAUACCUAAAAUACUCCUCAAAACAGACCAUGCUGCAUGCCUUCAGUGAAUCAAUUGGAAUAUUAUCAAUAGUAAUAGCUAGUGUCAGUAGCUAUGUUUCCAUUCAAAAAUGCGACUUAACUUUAUGCGCAGAACUGGAUUUUCGCAUAAAAGACGUGCGAAUAAAGCAACAUUUGCAUCCAACGAGUCAAAGAGAACAAAAUCGUCACUUUGUGAUUGUCGCCAAAUAUCAACAGUAAAAAUGGAAUUUGCUGUGGUAGGAGAAGCUGCGAGAAUCUUUUCUUCAUUUAAGAAAUGGCUUGCACCUCAGAAGGCAGACACACAGUGAACGUGCUAUGGCGUUUGAAGGCGUGAGACGCUGAGCACAGACAUUUUUUGGAGAUUUUGGAGGUCAUUAAUAAUAUAAUAACACUAAUACUGAAAUGGUUAAGGCAUUUUAGAAUUAACAAAACAACAGUUCAGAUGUUUUACAAUGUGCUCAGCCUGCUGGUUUAUCCAAUCACUUACAUUUUAUCAUUGCAUUUUAUAACAAAAUCACAUGACCUCUUUUAAUGUGCAUACUGGAAUUUGUUCGGUAAAAGUGUUUCCAUCAUAGUUUAUGCGCAUCUUGUCAUUUCCA